CGCCAAUCGAUUCAAUAUGGCGUCCGUUUGUUUUGAUUUUUGUUGUUUUUGUUUGUGCCGGCAGGUGAGAAGUAAAAUUUAUCCACUUCUUUCGUUACUGAUUUCUCUUCCGAGGAAGUGAAGCUGUCCUCCCUCUUUAGUCCUCCUGUUAGAAGUGUCGAGCUUCAGCCAAGACCUGAGAUGUCUGAAAAGGGAGCAGCACUGCAGACUUACAACCAGGAGCUUGUCAAAGGAAUAGAAUCGUUAAAGAGGAAACGAUGCGAAAUCGUGCAAUGGAUUUCAGAAGAUCAGCGCAAGAAGGAGGUACUCGAGAAAGAGCUUGCCACAGUGCAGGCCAAGCUGUCGACAGUAUGCACCAGUCUCCAACAAAACAUUGACAAGAAGGCUUCAAUAGAUGAAUCCAUCGAAAGCUGUGAAUCAGCAUAUAUGAAAAUCCUGGAGAGUUCUCAGGCACUAUUGAACAUGGUGCGCCAGGAUGCUCUUUCUUUAGAUCAUUCUGGCAGCAACAAGUGUGAAUCAACAUGAGGUCUGACUUGUACUUUCUGUACGGCUCACACAAUUUAAUUUUAAAAUAUUAUUUAAGCAAACUUGGAGACUUAAGACUUUGUUUUUCCUGAGUGCAAUGUGAAAGUUAUAGUUUUAUAAAAUACAACUCAACAUUAUAUUUUUUUAAUCUUAUUGAAAUA